GCCGCCGCCGCCGCUCCUCCUCCUCCUGCUGCUGCUGCUGCUCCUGAGGGGCAAAGAAACGGGCUCUUCCACAAGCUGUCCUCCUACAAGGUCACCAUGAAAGGCAUCUGAAAGUUGUGCAAACAAGGCGAUUGUUUUGCCAGUUGAGACGAUUUCCUCCAUCUGUCAUGCCAGCCGAAUGAAAUUUCCAUCUAUUGACUAUUUCAGCCAAUAUAAAUGCUGGUCCAAGCGGUUGAUCUUCUAUUACAACUGGAGUCAGAUAACCUCCAGAUAAUAGUUCAAUACCAGUUGGAAAAAUGCUGCGAGAUUUAAGAAUGCCCGCUACUUAGCUUCAUGCAUCCAACUUGUGCAGUUGUUGUGGAAGGCCCACCAUCUGAGGGAUCCCCAAGCUCUUACCAAGGCCCCACAUCUGCUCCUGAAAUGUCUCUCCUUCAUGCUUUAGGUCCGGUGCAGACCUGGCUAGGACAAGAGUUGGAGAAAUGUGGGAUUGAUGCCAUGAUCUACACUCGAUAUGUCCUAAGUCUUCUGCUUCAUGACAGUUAUGACUACGACUUACAGGAACAGGAAAAUGACAUCUUGGGCUGGGAGAAAGGAACCAGCAAGAAAUGGGGAAAAGGAAAGAAGAAGUGCUCAGAUCUGAGUCUUGAGGAAAUGAAGAAACAGGCUGCUGUUCAGUGUCUGCGUUCUGCCUCUGAUGAAUUUAAGAGUUCUGGGAUUGAAACCUUGGUUGAGGAGCUUUGCUCCAAAUUGAAAGACCUGCAGAAUAAACAAAAGGAAGAGAAGCAAGGUUGUAAAAAAACAGAAGGGUUUCAGUCUCCUGAAAUUAGAGGAUCUUCUUCAACCAAGGAUCAGGUAGAAAUGUAUUAUGAAGCAUUUCCACCCCUUUCUGAGAAGCCAAUCUGUCUGCAGGAAAUAAUGACCGUGUGGAACAAGGCCAAAGCUUGUUCUUCAUCUUCAUCUGCUGCUCCACAAACAAGCACUGACACAUCCUCUCCAAAAGAUUGCAACAGUGAAGGUGAGGGGACAAGGGAACGAACAAACGAGGCUUCUGUUACAACAAGCAGCAGUUACACAUUCAGGAGAAGUAAAAAGGAGAAAGAAAACAGGCACAACAACAGCUUGCCAGAAGAGAAACCUGCUGCAGGAAAAAAGCAGAUCAGGCACAGGUCAGAAGGAAAGAUGCGUCCUCGUUCCUGGUCUUCUGGCUCCAGUGAAGCAGGCUCCAGCUCAAGUGGGAACCAAUAUGAGUUGAAAGCUCCCACGAAAGCUGUUAAAAUAAGACACAAGAUGCGAGAAAAUGCUCGGAACAAUAAGGGGCGAAAUGGACAAGUCAAGCUGUCUUUCAGAUCGGUGGAAAAAGAUGAUCGAAGAAGUACCUGUGGGAGCAGCAGCAGUGGGCCUACCAAACAGCUGUGCAAAAGAGGAAAACGGCAUCCGAAAGAAACAAGGAGGAAAGCAAACCGUGGUACAAGAGAUCUGGGCAGUGAAAGUAAAAGGGAGCAGGAAUUUAGAGAAGAACCGUUGUGGUACACUGAACCAAUCAUUGAGUACUUGUUGCCUCUGAGUAGAAAGAGCAAGCUGGAAACUGCAUACCGCAAUAGUGUGGCUGCAAAUGCUGGUGAAUCUUCCUAUUUGGAAGAAAUUUCAGAGACAAUGCAGGGUCUUUGUAUUAGUAACAAUAAUUUCCAAACAUACCUCGCAGCAGGUACUUUCGUCGAUGGUCACUUUGUUGAAAUGCCUGCAUUAAUAGAUGAGGCUAAUGACCUCACUGGGACCUCAAGCUGUUCUAAUCCUAAGAACAGUGACAUUUUAGAUGCUACGCAUCUACCAGAAUUUACUCACUUCUAUGAAGUAGAUAUUCAUCAAUCCAUAUUGGAUCCUAGUGCCUCAAAUUCAUUGCAAGGAGAGAGUCGAAUUUUAAGCAUGAUUCGGCGGAAAAGUACAGAGCAAACUGAUUUUGAGGCAGAUGGUUGUAUAGUGUUAGAUGAACUACAGAUGACGAGGGAAAGUGCAAUAUGGACAGAUUCACAUGCUUCUCUUUGUGCAGAAGAAUUGUUCCUACAAGAUCUUGCAAAUACAGCUCAGUUUUGGGAGUGCUCCAGUUCUGAUGAAGCAGAAGGGGAAAGCUUUGCUGGGGAUUCUCCCAUUACGCUUUCUCCUAUUCUGGAUAAUACAGUGUGUGAUGCAAGCAGCAGUACUGGCAAUCAAGAAGAACACUUUUCAGAAGCCAAUGAAGGGUCUGGUUUAAACUCCACUUGUUUCUCUCUGUUUGAAGUGCAAUAUGAUAACUCUACUUCACCUUUCUGUUUUGAUGGACUUGACCUGGGAAAUCAGAAUAGUGAUAUUGGAAGCUGGGUUGAUUUUCCAGGGAAAACGCAGUCUCGUUUGCUUAUAUGGACCAAAAAUAGUGCCUUUGAUGAAAAUGACCACUGUUCUAACCUUUCAACACGAACCUGUAGCCCAUGGUCACAUUCUGAAGAAACUCGUUCUGAUAAUGAAACCACCUUUGGUAUUCAGUUUGAGGAGUCCACUAAGUUUAAUGCAGACGAGAUUGACUGCAUAGUCCCUGGCAUUUCGUCCAGCCUUUUAAAUGAAGACCUCUUAGACUUAUUACAAGAGGAUGCUCGUUCACGGACAAAUGGAGCUUUACGUGAUAUACCAAGCCUGACUUUCAAACAGAAAUCUAAAUUGGAGUCAGUAUGUGGAAUUCAGUUGGAAGAAGAAGAAAAUAAGGAAUAUGAAUUGACUGCAGAAACUUUCACAGAUCAGAUAUCCAGUCAUACAGAAGGCUAUGGCUCAGGAGUUAUAAAAGACAUUUGGACAGCCAUAGCAGAACACGAUGCUGUAACACUAGAGGUAGAACGAUCGGUCGAAGAUUUAUUUUCCAGUGAGGUGAAUGGCUGUCAGUGCUGCUGUUUGGAUAUGGCAACAAAACAGGACCUGCUUCAAGAGUCUCAUGAAAAGGCUGUGCAAAGGUCUGAGUAUCAUUUGUGGGAAUGCCAGAAAGAAAACCUGGAAGCUCAAGCUGCUGCAACUGGUGAACUUGCAGAGCUAGAAGUGGGUGAUUACACUGCACCAUCAAAACCUUGGGAUAUUGGCACUGACAAAGAAAGUGCUUUUAUUCUUGGUGGAGUCUAUGGGGAACUGAAAACGUUCGACAAUUGUGGUGACUGGGGAGUAAUUCCACAGGACCCUGCAAAAGGUACUUUAUUGCAGUGUGCAGCUUCUGAUGUUGUGACCAUAGCAGGCACAGAUGUUUUCAUGACACCAGGUAGCAACUUUGCUCCUGGUCACAGACCAUUGUGGAGAUCUUGUGCUUCAUUCGGACAGUGCGACCAGACAAGAAAAGGAGAGGACAGAUUAAACACUGAAUUCUCGCUUAUCUUCCAUGAAGACUUAUUGGGGAAUUGCAGUAAUUAUCAGACUCAAGAGCCCAGUGUUGAGUAUUCAUUUUCCUCCUUUGAUCUGAGCAAUCCUUUUUCACAAGUACUUCAUGUGGAGUGCUCAUUUGAGCCAGAAAGACUUGCAUCAUUUAGUCCAAGUUUUAAGCCCAAAUCUAUACUGUGUUCAGAUUCAGAAAGUGAAGCCUUCCACCCUAAAAUAUAUAGUAUUGACAAAACGCAGUAUCGAGCUAUACGAAUCUCGCCGCGAACACAUUUCCGACCUAUUUCUGCCUCUGAGUUGUCACCAGGUGGGGGAAGCGAGUCUGAAUUUGAGUCCGAAAAAGAAGAAGUUGGCAUUCCUAUCCUUUCCCAGACUGAUUUGUUUGAGGAUCCUCAGGCAGAUUUAAAGCCACUAGAAGAAGAUGCUGAACGAGAAGGACAUUACUAUGGAAAGUCGGAGCUGGAAUCAGGGAAAUUCCUGCCGAGAUUAAAAAAGGCUGGGAUGGAAAAGAGUGCUCAAACUUCACUGGAUUCUCAUGAAGGAUCUGGUGGUCUUUUACAGACAGAACAGCAAUGCCCAGAGUGUCAUUUACAGGCAUCAAUGGGAUGCGCCAAUGUGAAUAGUUGUGAAACAGAUUUAAAAGUAAAGGUACCAUGUGAUAAGCUGGAAGAGUUCCAGAAUCGUACAAUAAGCAGGGACCUUUCUGGGUUCAACGAGGGAGCUUAUGUCAUGGCACCAUCACUGCAAGAGGUUUCACUAUCAGAUUUGAACCAGGAGGAAGGGAAGAAUAACUUCAAGGAAGAAGAUGGUUGGUGGCAGGAAACGCUAUAUCCACAGCCAUUUCCUGGGAUUGAGUGUGCAGAAUGCUACACUGACACCAGAGAAAAGGAUGGGAUUGAGUGUCCAAUUUUAAGAGGACGUUCACACAAUGGAGAGUGUCUUCUGCAGUUGGAUCUGCAGACGACAGAGGUGAACUGCAGAGCAGAAGGUGAUACUAGAGGGAGGUCAGCUGUCAUCCGCAGGAAACUUUUCUCCAGUGAUUGUUCAAGCUCCGAUGAAUCUGCUUCAGAAGGCGGAAGUGACUGGGAUGACCCUCCAGAUGAAGAGCUUUUCUCUCGCACACAUCUUUAAUUCUGCUUAGCUGUUUCAUCAGCGAGAAAAACAACUAAUCUUUUAAUAAGUUCACAACUCUUGUUGAGUUGAGAGCUUAUUGCUCUGAUAUACAACUUUAGUUUUCUUUUCAUUUAACUGCUUUAGAUAGGUAUUUAUCUUUCUCUUCUUAUAGGUUUCACUGUCAGGCAUUGAGGCCAAUCCUGUGACAGAAAAAAAACUGAUUAAUGAUGAUAGUUUAUUGAAACCUUGGCUUUUUUCAACUAAUGUAGGUUGUGUUUGUCAAAAGAAUGUGCAUGUGCCUAUCUUACUAGCACCACUGCUUAUUUUGCUGAUUAAUUACUUCUGCUUCCAUUACUACUGUAGAACUACCAUUGUUACUAGUAUUACUAUUUCUACUACUUCUGCUAUUCAGAGGCUCUUAACAUAUGGCACAGUGUAACACUUUAUUGUAAAAGAAUUGGGAGAUAAAUACUUAAAGCUAAACAUUUCAAAUACUAGAUCAGUGCCUUUCUGAAUGCAGAACAGCAUGGAUGAAUAGACUUAAAACAUCUAAUUGAAACCUGUUAUCUCACUCAAAGUAGGAAUGAUAAGGUUGUGCUUUAGAGGAUAAGUAUAAAAAAAACCUUUUUCUCCUGAAUGAUUCUAAAUGCUUUUUCAUAAAAUGGAGUAUUUUAAUGAGUAUAACUUUUGAAAUGCUAACUGUGAAAGUCCAGGAUUUUAUUGAGUUGUGGGAAAGGUUUCAGUUAUGAAGGUUUGGUAUUGUUGAAGUAGAAGGGACUACUUUGAGACAGAUUCAAAAAAAAGAUUUUAGGCAACAGUAUUAUACAGCAGGAUGGUAAAAAAAACAUUUAAUCCAUUGUACAGUCAAACGGUGUACACCUGCAGCGUAUCAGUCGUACACUCGUCUUGUGAGAAAUUCUGAGACAAUUACAGUUAGUUCAUGUUGUGGCUGUGAUUUUAUAGAUCUUAGAGUUCAUUUUGUGUUUUCGGAGGGGUGUGAGGAACCAUUCUGGCAUUUUACUUGUGCUGACUACAAGAACCAAGUGUAGACUUUAAAAAAAACUUAAGAAUCUCAUUUACAUGUGUGACUGCAGUAGUGAUUGUUGCUUCAUGUGGCUUGCUUUGAGAUUUUAUUUCCUAAUUUUGUAACACUGGUGUCAUAAGUUCACUUUGACAUCAUAAUAUAAUUGUUGAACAUCUUUCACCUCCUUGUGCUUUGAUUCUGGAAAAUGAAAAGCCAAGGGGAGCAAUAUUCUGGUCACCAGGUAUGCAAAGUUAAGAGAGGUUUUAGCUUUGACUUAGCUUGCCUGGAUCCCAUGACAGUAAUACUGGGUUACAACAGAAACUGAAAAUUCAACUUAACGUUUAUUGAGCUUGAAUUUACAUGAGGAACACAGUAACCACUGAACUUAUCAUGGUGAAAAUUGCUAUUAUAAUGAGAAAGCAGAAGGAUUUAGCUGAAUCAGCAUUGUGAUAAAUUCAGCAUCCCAAACUGUUGAAGCUGCAGUAUUCAUUUUUAGUUGCUACUUGUAUGCACAAAUUGAAGUACUGAAGAAAAGUUUGACAUAGAUUCUUCAAAGAUAGUUCAUAUGCUCUAUACAGUAAAACAGUCACAUAUUUGAAGCAUUAUAGAUUAUUUUUCAAGAUCCCUUUUGAAGACUUAACUUUUUUGAAAAUUUAGUGAAAAGAGCUUUCAGAUUUUUAUUUUCUAUUUUAUUUGAAACAUAGUAUAUAUAAGCUAGCAAAAAUCAAUGCUGCAGCUUUAAGAAAUUCAUAACCAUUGCUAAAAGUAGGGUUAUCGAAUUUUUUAAUGGUUAAGGAUGUCGUGAAUAAGAACAGAGGAUUGAAAGCCUUCUUUAAAUCGUAUUUGCUUAAGUUAUGAUUUAUUUUUAGAGCUGCUUAUACAGGCGAGAAGGACUUAUGUCCGUUGAUGCAUGAGCCUGGCAGUAAAAGUAAUAUAAAAUCGCAUCAUCUUGGGAAAAGGAGAAAAGGCUUGUGGAUGGGGAGGGUGGGGGGAGGGGGGGUCCUAAGGAAUAAUGAAACGUUUACAUGUCAUCUGUACUUUUUUCCAUAUUUAUGUGAUUCAAAAACUUAAAGCAGCAUUCAAUUGGAAUAGUUUGAGAAAUGUGAUUCAAGUUUCUUACGGUAAGGUUUUCAACUUGAUUGAUUUAUUGAGGCAACGAGGGGGAAAGUUUGUAGUAUGCACCAUCCAUUACAAACCGGCUGAAAAGCAACCAUAAAGCACACCGUAGAAUAAAUAAUGUUGUAUGCCAUAGCAUUGAAACCUGAGUUCCCCAUUUCUCAGUUGUUAGCCUCUUUCUAAUUUUUGCUUCAAGUGGUUGUAUUGUUCUCUGAUUUCAUGUACACUAGAGUAACUGAUUUUGUUUCAUUGUGGAAUUACUUUACAUCUAAAUAAAGACUGAAAAGUAAAAUCCA